UGUUCCACUCGCUGGAGAUCUUGGACACCUCGGGGUCCCACUGCUUCCCGGCCAUGCGCGAACUCUCGAUUCGCUCCGGACGAGCUUUCGUUAUCGUUUUCGCUGUCAACAACGAGCAGAGCUUCUACGAGGCCCAGGGCCUCUGGAACCUCAUUACCGAGGUCAAAGGCUACGACAACGUUCCGACGGUCCUGGUGGGCAACAAGGUGGACCUCUCGGCCGAGCGGGAGGUCAGCUGGGAGGAGGCCAACACCUUCGCUACAGACAUCAUGCCAAACGCUGCCUACGUGGAGACCUCAGCCAAGUAUAACCUCAAUGUCACCCUCGUCUUCAAGGAGCUGCUGGUGCUCACAUUCGGCAUCACUAAGGAGGAGAAGAAGGAGAGACGAAGCUCCCGUCUCCGAAUGUCUCUCAGCGACCUGUCGAUCACCGCGCGUCGCAAGUCAUCGGGCGCCAUGUCGACGGUCUCAGGCGCCACUCUCGCUACCAUCUCCGGCAUCUCCCACACCGGCAGCGCCCUCAGCGACGACACUCCCGACGACGAGAACGCCAACAACUCUCCCUCGACGCUGGCUAAAGGUGGUGGUAGUGGUAAUGGUGGUUGUAGGGGUAGUGGUGGGGGUGGUGGUUGUAGAGGUAGUGGUGGUGGAGGAGUCGGGUCAUGCGUUGGGGUAACCAGGUUGGUCAACCCUAGACAGGAGAAGUGUGUUAUAUUAUAAAGCAUGAUGAUGAGGUGAUGGUGGUAGAUGAGAUAAUGGUUGAUAGGGCGAUGGUGAAAGUCAUAGUUUGGUGGGGUGAUUAUAAUGGUGAAGGUGGUAGUUUGAUGGUGAAAUGUCGUUGUAACGGUAAACUAUUAUAGCUGAUGUUGUAAGGUAGCACAGAGGAAGCUAACCAUAAACAUACACGGUCGGCAAAUCAUACAGCAGAUCCGGGACCUUAAUACUCCCUGUAGAGCAAAUAUAUCAACUGUAUAGCAGACCUAUAUCAAGUGCGUAGCACACGUAUAGCAAUUAUAUAUAUAUUACGUGUACUGCUAGGUGUAUAUAAUCACGAUUAACAAAGAGUAUAUUACUGUAAAAACACACGUAUAUCAAUGUAUAACAGCUUACAUAUGUCAUAUAUA